CGCGGUGGCGGAGCGUUGACUCCCGGGUUUUUACUCGCCGGAAACAAUUCGAACUGUGAAAAUUAUUUUCAAGUGCGUUCAUCAUCGUUUUUGUGCUGAAAAAAACAUUUACCAUUGAUAUGAAAAGUUUGUUAAACUUGGAGUACAGUUAUUGGUGUCAGGAAAAACUUGAGGACUAAUGAUGUUAUCGUGACGAAGAACAAAUAAAUAGGGAAAAUAAACGAGUAUAGGGAAUCCGUAAUGCCCUACGUUUUGACACUCAAGUGACGGAUACAAUCAACGAAGAUUUUAAACAAAACUUGUAUUAUAUAGAGGGAUACCAAAGAAAAAUGUGUGCCAAAAUGUUCUUGUAUAGUUUCUCCUUAUUAUCACUUGUAAUGUCAUGGAUUGGAGUGUUCGCUGAAGAAGAGGUCUCUUCUCCAUUGCGAGUGGCACAAUGCAGAGCUACUUGCUUACAAAAGUUUGCGGCGCCGAAGCCUGGCGGGGAGUCAUCGUGUUUGCAAGGCCCCGACUGUUUUAUGUGUUGGGAAAACUGUGAACUUCUCCAGUCCAACUACCAAGUAUGGGGAGCCGUGUGUGAAGAAAAAGACAUUUGUUUUCCGGGUUGCAAAAUUGCUUGCGAAUUUCACGCGGAAGCUGCAAGAGCUGGGCAAACACAACCCGUGAUACACACGAAAGGCGAAGGGGUAAUGCGUGUAAGUGGAGCUCUCGCUCGUUGGCCCCCACCAGCGCCGCGAGCAUCAUCUCGACCUGUUCCCCUGGUGUACGUUGUCAUGCGUCGAGCUGCAGACGGACCUUGGCGUCAAAUCAUACAAACGCAAGCACUCGCUACACGGGUGCCGUCAAAUAAUGAAGGUGCUCUUCUCAGGGUUCUUGUGGUGGAUCCACAAGGCCUUGUAACGAUCUAUAGUCCAGAUGAAAACUGGGUCGCACACGACGCAAAUACAUCUAACCACGAUGAGCACAAGUGGACUUUAAAAGAGAUAUCCCUCAUUCACCAAAAAGUCUUAGUUAUAGGGGAAAUUGCUUGGGAGCCAAGAAUAGCACGUGGCGUUUAUCUUGUUACAUGGGAAGUUGAUGGCGGAGGCCUUAAAGGUAAUCUUUUCACUGACUCUACUAGAGUUACCCUGUCACUCUGGCCUGAUACAGUGUAUCACAUUCAAGUAGAGUUAGUAUCUCGUACUCCUGGCGUUGAUAAUGAAAGGUCCGAAACGAUGACAAUUGACACGAGCCGAGCUCAGAAGGUUUCAACUGAGAGUGUUCAAGAUGUUCAAGUCAGUGACGGUGACCGUCUUAUGUCUGUGUUGGUUAGUUCAAUGAGAGGUGAACGUGUCACAGACCGGGCGCCUAAUUCAGAGUUGGUACUGGGGUGCCUAUCAGCUAUGAUAGCUUUCGGUCUAGCCGUAUUAGUGGCAGUUGUUUGGAGGCGACGGCGACGAGGUACAUUUCCAGGGACCAAUGUAUAUGUAGGUUCGUCUUCGGUUUUAAAACGAAAGCUUGUUGAAGAUUUUGUACCAGCGACGCAUUGUUUCCAACCAGUCUUGGCACCUGAAGCUCCCUCUAACGAGCAGGUGGCACGCGACGUAGUUGUGUGACGUCACAGCUUUGAUAUGCUGUCCGUGGAAGAUUGUCUCUUCAGUUCCUAAGUUUUCAGACGUUAUUUAAAAUGUUAAAGACAUCAAAGUGAACAGAAGAAAAUUGUGAUAAUAAGAUACUCAAUGAAGUGAAAGUUAGUAAGUGUUUUGUGGAUCGUGCAUUUUUAGUUGUGUUGCUAUUUACUAAGCGGUUUAAAUUAUAAAUUGUAAAUGCUGAUUUCAAAUUCGUCAUGUUAUUUUUGUUUUUAGGUUAGGUGAUUGUAAAAUAAAUUAAUUAUGGAUAGUAAAAAUGUAUUUAUGAAACACAGUAAGAUUAACACCACAAAAAUUAGUGUUGUACAUAAUGUCAAGAAAUAUUAGAAUUAUUAAUAUUAUUUCCGUAACUAUUAACUGAUUUGUAAUGCUUGUAAAUAGUAAGUGGUUAAUUAUUACAAUAAACGUUAUUGGACUUCUUCGAAUAAAAUCAUCGAAAGAGAAGCGAAAUGUUUUUGAGCACUCGGAAAUAAAACGUAUUUUUUUACAAAAAUAUUUAGCCGAUACAUUGAAGUACGAGCAACUCUUAGACGUAUUCGUUUCCAAAUGUUCUUUAAUGAUGUCUGACAGACAACUAGUCCUUGUAACAGUUUAGUUAAUAUAUUAGAUGUUAGCCAUAUUUUAAUAAAGAUACAUAUAGUUUCCAAAAGAUUCUUA